AUGGGCUUAGCAAGUGACACAAUAGCUCCCCUUGCGGAAAAAUGGCAUGAUACGACAUGGAGCACCAUUGCUCUGUAUGGCACGGUGAUCUUCGUUACUCGGCUGCUCAUCGUGUCAAUCUAUCGCCUCUAUUUUCAUCCAUUGGCCCAGUAUCCUGGCCCUUUGCUGUGCCGCAUCAGUAUUCUACCAAGCCUGUAUUAUGCCUGGACAGGAGACAGACAUUUGGUCGUUGACAAGAUGCACAAGGCUUAUGGCAAGGUUCUGCGUCUCGAGCCCAACCUGAUCUCGAUAUGUACUCCAAAUGCAAUCAGGACUGUCUAUGGUCCCGGGACCAAAUUCGAAAAGGGGAUGUUCUAUUCUCGAGGGCCAAAGGAGAAGCAGCUUCUCGUGAACCUAGCAAGCACGACGGAUAAGCGCGUCCAUGCCCGAAAACGACGGAUUAUCUCGCAUGCGAUGAGCGAGGCAGCCAUCCGGUCCUAUGAACCCACGAUCCUAGAAAAGACACGAUUGUUCUGCCAAAGGGUCUCUGAUCCUACGACCUUCGAGGGUACCUACAAGAAUAUGUCGCGAUGGUUUUCCUUCCUCACCUACGACAUCAUGGGCGAACUUACGUUUAGCCAGAGCUAUGACAUGUUAACCAAGAGCGACAACCACUUCAUUCAGCCCUUGAUCGAUUCAUAUCAGCACAGCCAGGUGAUUCUUGGCACAGAGCCCAAGAUCGAGCAAUGGGGCCUGGCGCCUCUGCUCUUUUUGCGCAUCAUGGCUGCCAACCAGCGAUUCCGCAAAUACGUCGAUGACCAGGUAAACGGCCGCAUCGCGCUGGAGAAGUCAGGAAACGGGCCCUCGGAUAUUUUUAAACUUUUGCUCGAUCAUAAGGACAAGGAAACCGGCGAGAGUAUGGGAUUCAAGGAGCUCUCCGACGAAGCGGUCGUCCUGAUCAUAGCCGCGAGCGAUACAACUGGUACCGCUCUUGCCGGACUGUUCUUCUACCUAGCCCGGUAUCCCGCAUGCUACAAAAAGCUGCAACAGGAGAUCCGGUCCCAGUUCUCCGACGUGGAAGACAUUGUUGGCGGACCGAAACUCCUUGCCUGUAAGUACAUGCGCGCCUGUGUGGAUGAGGCCCUGCGUAUGUCCCCGGGCGUUCCAGGGUUUCUCACCCGCGAGGCACCCGAGGGCGCUUCCAUCGACGGCCACUAUUUCGCGCCCCACGUGCAAGUGGGAAUCCCUACCUGGACGAUGCACCGAGAUCCCGACGUCUAUCCACAGCCGCAAGUGUUUAAGCCAGAGCGGUGGAUGGUUGACUCAGAGGAAGCGCUGCAACGGCUGCGCUCAGCCUACUAUCCCUUCAGCACGGGGACUCGCGGAUGCAUUGGCAAGAACAUGGCCUAUCAUUCUAUCUACCUGAUCGUUGCUCGGCUGGCGUUUCUGUUCGAUAUCGAAUCACGCGAUCCUCUACCUUUGGAGUUCCACGUGAAGGACCAUUUUGCCGCUGGCAAUAAGCAGGGGCCAUAUCUKAAAUUUACUCCAUCCCUGAAGUCUGCCAAAAAUUAA